AUGGAUCGGCCACGCACGGCCCACCAUCACCGAACGGUCAGCGAGCCAGAGCAGCGCGAGUUCCUCGACGUCCAGCAGGAGCACCAGCAGCACGACGAGCAACGGGUCCACGCCACGCAGGAACCCGAUGGCCCCGUCCGCAGAUUCCAAAUCCUCAAAAGCACGCCCGUGGGGCUGGUUUGUCCGCAGAACAUCCGCUUCAGCGUAGUGGACGUGGACGCCGGGAUUGCCCAAACGGGGCCCAUCUUCGAUUUAUCAACUCCCUCGAACGAGCCGAUUUUUGUGACGAACGACCUGAAAUGGUGGAAGCAGAAGUACUUCCUGCCACCUUCGUUUGAGGUCUUUCGUGGUCCCACCCACAAGCAUGGGAGUGGGAGCUUCAAGCAAACUGCUGGCCGGCAACGAGUCACCCAAGAAGGCGAGAUCAGCGGCUUACCACCAUCACCACUGCACGACAGCUUGACAUUCGAGUCUCGGUCGUCCACCCACAGCACGACAGGCUCAGCGAAGGAGAAAGCGUACCCAGUCGCCGAGAUAAAGUACCGCGGCUGGCAAGGCCUCACGGGCAUGUCUGUCUCACUAACUCUGUACAACAUCACGCCCGAGAUGCACUAUCGCAAUCACUAUACCCAAACGCUCGCCAACGACCUCAGUUCAACGCCGGAUAUCCGGUCCCGGUAUCUGAUCAACCGCACCGGCUGGAAACGCGAGUACAUCGUCACUCCAGGCGGCUAUAAAUGGCGGUCUCCCUCCCUGGGGGAGAAGAAGGGGAUUCUCGCAAGCCCAGCAAUGGACGACGCAACGCCCGUCGGGCACGGCAAUCUGAUCCUCGAGGAUGCUGAGCAGACACCCGUGGCCGUCUACAAGCAGCGACGGGACCACGACGUCCUAGGCACGCUGACGGUCUUCCUCUGGCACGUGAAUGAGAGCGGAACAGACAGGGGGAAUGGGCACGGGCACGCCCAUGGCCACGACAGCAAAAUCACCACCGAGGCAGUCCUGGCGAGUUGUCUGGCCGUCGUGACGUACGAACGGAUCGGGUGGCAGAAUUUGCUGGGCCGUUGA